AGGUAUCGAAAACCGAUUAUUAAUCAAGUGUUUCUACGACGAGAAGAAGCAGCACAUUACGCAAACACCGUUUGGAUAUUUGUUAAAAAUGUCGCUGAUCGGAGCACUUUCCAGGUUAAGCUUACAGAGCGGUGCACUUACAUCGCGUUGUUUGCACACGACGUCGGUGUUGUGCGCUGAACCGCUUAAGAAAAAGAAGAAACUUGACCCUCAAAUUAUUAAACAAAGGGAGGACCGUAGGAAAAAGAAAAUCGAGAAGCAAAUCCGCAGGUUGGAGAAGAAUGCACGUCAACUGAAACCGGUAGAAGAGCUAGAGGUGCCGUUGGAGCUAAUUGACAAUAAGGCACAACGCGAACGCAAACUUCCACAACUGAGCAGUACAGAGUUAGAGCAUCGGGCAUUGAUAAAUAAACAGUGGGCUCGAUUUAAGCACGAUGAAAAAGUUGCUGACUUCCAAAUCAUUGACCGCUUGGUGCAGUCCCAGAAAAAAGCGCUACAGGAACUACGAAACGAGUCCGAAGAAUUAUACCAGGCUGCCAUUGAAAUUGACAUGCAAUUGCUCUCGGUAUCGCUUAAAGGACCCGUAUCAACGCCUCCUAUCAAGAAUUAUGUGAGCCCCGAUGGAGACUACAUUCACCAGUCCAUGAAAUGGGAAUAAUUGAAACUAUCAAUGUGGCUUACUUAGGAAAAAAAAUUGUUGUUUGUUUAUUUCAAUUAGAGAACAGUAAAUUGAGAUAUUAAAAAGAGUUCCUAAUUUUAUAGUAUAAAA